UUCAAUAGACAUUUCCACAUUCACAAUAAUAAAAUGGAAAAAAUAAAUAAAUAAAUUAUUCCCAAGUAGAUUUUCAGUCAACUCCGAAGCAAAAUAAUUAGCCUAAAAAAUCGGAAGCAGAAAAGCAGUGUACAAGUCCUUAACCAUCAAUUAAUCAGUUGACAAAACACAACCUAAAUUCCCCGGCGGCGAAAAUGGGGGGUUGUGGGAAUUUGUUCUUCACUCUGGUAAUCACAUUUUCAGCAGCACUCAUCACAUAUAACAUCAUCAUAUCUGCAAAUGCGUCUCUCAAACAAGAAUUUCCAGGCCUUUCAAACCCUUCUUCUUCAUCAAUCAAAUUCAAAUCCUUCUCUGUUGACCCCAUCAUUAAAAUGCCCACAGAGUUGCCGAGCUCGAAGAAGAAAAGAAAAAGGCUUUUCCAUACAGCGGUUACUGCUUCGGGCUCGAUCUACAACACGUGGCAGUGCAGGGUGAUGUAUUACUGGUUCAAGAAACAGAAAGAUGAGCCCAACUCCGACAUGGGUGGCUUCACCAGAAUUUUGCAUUCUGGGAGACCCGACACAUUCAUGGAUGAGAUCCCUACUUUUGUUGCUCAGCCUCUCCCCGACGGAAUGGAUCAGGGGUACAUUGUCCUAAACAGGCCUUGGGCAUUUGUGCAAUGGCUUCAGCAAGCAGAUAUUCAAGAAGACUAUAUAUUGAUGUCUGAGCCAGACCACAUCCUAGUCAAACCCAUUCCCAACUUGUCAAGAGAUGGCCUCGGAGCUGCAUUCCCUUUCUUUUACAUCGAGCCUAAGAAAUACGAGACCGUGCUGAGGAAAUUUUUCCCUGAGAAAUAUGGACCAAUAACUAACGUUGAUCCUAUUGGAAAUUCCCCCGUGAUUGUAGGAAAGGAAUCUCUGAGAAAGAUAGCUCCAACUUGGAUGAAUGUUUCUUUAGCAAUGAAGAAGGAUCCGGAAGCAGAUAAAGCUUUUGGAUGGGUCCUUGAGAUGUAUGCAUAUGCUGUUGCAUCUGCAUUACAUGGCGUGGGUAACAUUUUGUACAAGGAAUUUAUGAUUCAGCCUCCUUGGGAUACGGCAAUUGGGAAAGCUUACAUAAUUCACUAUACAUACGGAUGCGACUAUGAUUUGCAGGGAAAGUUGACAUAUGGGAAGAUUGGAGAAUGGAGAUUUGACAAGAGAUCAUAUGACAAUGUAUGGCCUCCAAGAAAUCUUUCUAUGCCGCCAAAUGGUGUCCCAGAAAGUGUGGUUACGUUGGUGAAAAUGGUGAAUGAAGCCACUGCCAAUAUUCCAAACUGGGGUUCCUAGAUUCAACAAGGAGAUGUUCAUCAAAUCCUUGUCUUAAUGUCCGUCUCCCAAUUAUCUCGUUUAUCAUUGAAAGAAGAUUGAUCCAUCCAUCUUGUUAACCUAUAGACUUGAAGAUUAUUGCAUUGCCAAGCUGCGGUCUCAAAGCUUUCAAUAGCAACAGCAUUAAUUUGCGGACUUUUCAAAUACCAAUUUUUAUCUAGUUGUACUAGCACAUGUUUUUUUUAUUUUUUUUGACAGUAGCUAAGAUGUUUGAAAUAUAUAUACAUAUACAUAUAUAUAUAUAUAUAUAUAUAUACUUGAAGAGACUUGUGGGUGGUGAUGAGCAGCCUAGCUUUGUGUUUUGUUGCAUCAUCAUUAGCUUCGUGUUUAGGAAGGAAGUCCGAUGCUCACAAUAAUUUCACAGAUAA